CUUUCACAGAUGAAUCCUCGAUAUAAGAUGACACAGAAUUCAACUUCUGUCACUGAAUUUAUACUCCUGGGACUCUCCAGUGACCCUCAGGUUCAACUCAUUCUCUUUGGUGUCUUUCUUAUUAUUUAUCUGAUGGCCGUGGUUGGAAAUAUAUUUAUACUUCUUAUUGUCAGCUUAGAUGUCAGACUCCAUAAUCCCAUGUACUUCUUCCUAUGCAAUCUCUCUGUAGUAGAUAUUGGCUACACAACUUCCACUGUUCCGAAGAUGUUGAUGAAUUAUCUCUCUAAUGACAAUCGAAUCUCUUUCUCAGGCUGCUUGUCCCAGAUGUACUUCUUCAUCUGCUUUGGUGGCAUUGAAUGUGUUUUGUUAGGCAUCAUGGCAUAUGACCGAUAUGCAGCUAUUUGCCACCCACUGCAUUAUAGUAUGCUCAUGCGGCCCAAAGUGUGCAUUUGGCUUGCAGUAACUGCUUGGAUUCUUGGCUUGUCAAAUUCAGCUAUCCACGCUGGCCUUAUGACCUUUUUGUCCUUCUGCCAGGAUAAUGUCAUAGAACAUUUUUUUUGUGACAUCCCUCCUCUCUUCCAACUAUCCUGCACUGAUACUCAGAUCAAUCAAAUUGCUACUUUUGUAUUUGGAGGAGGUAUAAUUAUGGGUUCCUUCCUGAUGACUCUGUUGUCCUAUGUAUAUAUAGCCUUAGCAAUAUUUAGGAUUGGGACUAAGGGUGGACGUCGCAAAGCAUUUUCCACCUGUGCCUCUCACCUGGCUGUAGUGAACAUCUACUUUGGCACCAUCAUCUUCACUUACAUACGCCCUAAUUCCACUUACUCUCAAGAGCAAGAUCAUGCUUUACCAGUGCUCUAUGGGAUUCUAACACCUAUGCUUAAUCCAAUCAUCUACAGCUUAAGAAACAGGGGUGUGCAACAGGCAUUUCAUAAAAUAAUUCAAGGAAAUUAG